UUCACCAUGGCGACCCCUGAUGUGAGUGUUCACAUGGAGGAGGUGGUCGUGGUAACGACUCCUGACAACAUGGUCGAUGGCACUGGCGUAGAAGAAGUGAAAACUGUGCUAGUGACGACAAAUCUAUCUCAGCACGGGGGGAACUGGCAAAGCAGUUUCCAUGCCAGCUUACAAUGGAACUCCUCAGAUGCAGAGCACACAGUGUACUGCUGCUCUGCGCGUAUGGUAGGGGGAUGACCAUCUUCUGGCUUGAGUGGUGACCUAAAUGAAGACACCCUGGAGUCGGAAAAUGCAGCUGCUGCAGCUGCAGCUGCCUUCACAGCAUCUGCACACCUGAAAGAAGCCGUCUUAGUGAAGAUGGCUGAAGAGGAAGACAGCUUGGAGGCAGAGAUUGUUUAUCCCAUCACCUGUGGAGACAGUAAAGCCAACCUGAUAUGGAGGAAGUUUGUGUGCCCUGGUAUCAAUGUGAAGUGUGUGCAGUAUGACGAUCACCUUAUUAGUCCCAAAGAAUUUGUCCACUUGGCGGGCAAGUCCACCCUGAAGGACUGGAAGCGAGCAAUCCGGAUGAAUGGGAUCAUGCUAAGGAGGAUCAUGGACUCUGGGGAGCUGGAUUUCUACCAGCAUACCAAGGUCUGUUCGAACACCUGCCGCAGCACUAAGAUUGACCUGACUGGAGCCAGGGUGUCCCUGACCAGCCAGACAUCAACGGAGUAUUUUCCUCUCACUCCUGCCUCUGCAGAUGUAAAUGGAUCUCCUGCGACGAUCACCAUAGAAACAUGUGAGGAAGCCACCGAUUGGACCACUACCAUUGGAGAUGACACAUUUGCUUUUUGGCGAGGCCUGAAGGAUGCAGGCCUGCUGGAAGAAGUCAUCCAAGAGUUUCACCAGGAGCUUGUGGAGAACAUGAAAGGCUUACAGCAGCGAGUCCAGGAUCCCCCCUUGCAGCUCAGCGGUAAGACUGUGGUUGCAGGAGCUAAUGCAGUCUUACUCAACAACAUUGUCCAGAACUUUGGCAUGCUGGACCUAGUAAAGAAAGUUCUGGCUAGCCACAAAUGCCAGAUGGACCGUUCGAGAGAACAGUACACACGGGAUUUAGCAGCUUUGGAGCAGCAGUGUGACGAGCACCGCAAGCGGGCGAAGGAGCUCAAGCACAAAUCGCAGCACCUCAACAACGUGCUGAUGACUCUGACGCCAGUCUCUGUCCCUGCGCCUUUGAAACGCCCCCGGCUGACGAGGGCCACGUCGGGGCCAGCUGCCAUAACUUCGCACGUCCUGUCCCAAUCUGCCCAAAUCGCUGUUGCCCCAGGAGUGCCAAUUUCUCAGCUUGCCAGCCUUCCUCUCGGCAAAGUGGUGUCUGCCCUUCCGACGUCUGUGCUUGGGAAAAGCACGUCUCAGACUUCUGCAGUCAGCUCCCCUGCCUCGCCCCUAUUGGGGGGAUACACUGUACUGGCCUCGGCAGGCUCUAGCUUCCCCAACGCUGUGGAGAUCCAUCCUGACGCUUCCAACCUGACUGUCCUCAGCACAGCCGCCAUACAGGAUGGCAGCACUGUGGUAAAAGUGGUGAGCCCUUUCCAGUUGCUCACCUUACCGGGACUAGGCACUGCCAUACAGAACGUAACACAAAUGGCUCCCGGUGGGAGCACAAUUGUGACGGUGCCGUCUAGUGCGGUUGAAGGUGCAACAGCAUCAGAUGAACACACCACAACCAUUGAGGUGACCACAGUGGCAGAAGAGUCGGAGCAGAAAUGAAAGGGGAACUCACCUGGAGGGACUGUUUCUGUGACAUACUCUGGGUGAAGCUGCCUUUUUCUGUCUGUAUUGAGAGAAGAAGGAGCAGCGUAAAGAGGGCACAGGGAAAUGAGACUUGGAGAACGGCUAACAUUGGUAAUAACAAGGUGUGAUCAGAGGGAGGAACCCCCCUCCAAAAAGGAUGAAAAGGGAAGGAUGAGAAUUGCAUUGUUCUGGUUUAAGGUCAAAAAGUUCCUCCUCUGCUUUUCAGGAAUACAUUAUUCCAUGCCUUGCUCACCAGCUCAGGAUUGUCUCCAGACAUCCUGGAGCAGAGAGUGUUAGAGGAACAGGGACGGGCAGGGCCACAGCACAGGGCAAUGAACAGAAAGUAGCAAAGGUUAAGGAAAUACCGGCCAUUGAGCAGGCGAGUACCAGGUGUAGCUCCAGAAGCUGAGAGCCGGUGGCCAAGGUGUAUUUCUGGGGUCUGGCAUCAUUCAAUGACUGCAUGAGUCCCAGGGAGCAUCUGCUACUGCUACUUCCUAGCAGAGGGCAGGCUGGGAGGUCGGUGUCUGGGCAGAGGGCCAGUACAGGGCACGCAGCUGAAUUCAACAGAUGGUUACUUCUAAGAGAUGCAUGGCAGUGAAGUGAAAGCAGCCUUGGACCAGGGGAGAUCCUCUAAUGAGCAGCAGUCACAGGGCUGAUGCAGGUGACCCUUGUUGUUGGUUUCUGCACAUGACAUUGGAUUGGGACAGUUUAAAACGCCAUAUGUCAGUAUUACCUGAUGGGAAGCCUCCUCACUGUGAUUAAGAUGCUGGGUUCCCACAUCUGAUCAUAGGGGUGGAGGAGGGAGAGUGGCUAGGAGGGUUUGAUUCCAUCCUGGGACGAGAGAAAUCCACAGAUGUGGGAAAUCUGUAACCGCUGAGGAUUAAGGGCCGCGUCCGUUUUCUCCCACAACCUGUACUUUCAGUUCGGGUUUGGUUUUUGUUUUGUUUGCUUUCUCUUAAAGCCAAUCUUGCAGCUCUCUGGGUUGCGAAGUGGGUGUGUAGUGAGAAGGAUCAGACUGUUGAACCUGCAGAGGUACUCAUUAAACAGCAGCACCAACAGGUGUUUCAACUUCCUCCACUUCAGCAGGGUGUGAACGCUGAAACCUAAAUGUCAUCGCGUCCGCGCUGAUUCUCUGCUCAGAAGUGUCCAGCCACGAGCCUUACUGAUGUGGCUGCACGCUGUUGUCCUUUCCCAUUGUGUUGGAAAGAUGCUUUGUGGCUGCAAGAUUUGAGAGGUGCCAUUAGAAUAUGCGGUUCUUGAAUAGUCUUUUGAUUAUUCAGUUCGCUCGCAGUCUUGCUACUGUCCUCAGUUUAAAAAAGAAAAAAAAAAAAGAAAAUGCCAGCGUGCGUACAUAAGGAGCUGUUUUCACCAUCUCCAGCAAAAAGGGGUUGAAGCGUGGGUUUUCUACAAGCUCAGUUUGCCAGCGGCAGCAGCAGCAACAGGUCACUUUAAUAACCUAAUAAAUAUUUUUUUGAAAGAG